CUUGAGCCACCGUAGUAACAAUAUAGCCAGAAACACUUCCUCAAAAUAGAUACAUCAAGAAAUCUGUAUUGAAUUAUUUUUGUUUUGGCAGAGGAGGUCUUAGUCGUGCAAUUUCACAUCAGUUUAAUGCAGUAAUUCUCAAGUGAAUGAUAGCAAACACUUAAUUGAAGAAUCCCGUCCAUAGUUCCCACCCCUACUUUAAACCAAUCACUGAUGAAGGGGUGUAGACUUUGACUACUAAACUUCGACUUGCCUCACCAAAAAAACUGGUGCAUGCGAACAGCUGAAAAUAACCUACCGAACACCAAAAUGAACAAAAACUUCACAAAAUGUAUAAGCUUAAAGUGUUUUGACUGGGAAGCAUGUGACAGCCUUUUACGGAAGGUGGACGAGCAAAAUCCACCAUCGUAGUACGGAUGAAGCCUGAGCUGGAAUGUGAAGCUAACUGAAGCUGGCUAGAUUUAAAAGACCCUGGGUAGAUCGAGCUUGCUUCUUGGUAUACCACUCUGGGAACACCUUGGACUUACGACAUGGGCUCUAUGCUACAUUAUGGACAGUACUGUUCACUACUCUAUACUAUGGAUGCACAUUACCACUGUCUAUACAUGAACACUAACACUGUCUACACGGUUUCCCACAGCAGAUAUUUAUUUUCUGUCAAUGGGGAGGGAGGCCACCAUCAUAGCCAAGAUCCACAACAAGAUAUCAGAGAUGGGCCACAGAACACACAGGAUUGAACUAAACAUCCAGAAAGUCUGACCGCUCUACAACUGUGGCUGUAUGACAUGCCGUACUCUUUUUGAACAGACUGCAUCAGAUACAUGGCCUACACAUACUAAGACAGAGGAGCGCUGUUCUGCUGUCUCAGAUGCUUUAUCUGAGGUUGAUGUGUCUUUCUGUCAAUAGUGUGCAACUGCAGCCCACAUUUCGGGGUGUCCCUGCAUGAGGGCAUUCCUGCAUCUGCUACAUUAUGCACAGUACUGUUCACUAUAUACUAUGGAUGCACAUUAACACUGUCUAUAAUGCACAAUCUGUUGUUGAGGUUGAUGACUUAAAAACAAGUGCUCCCAACUGCAUCUGUUCUGGUGACACAGGAGUUUGAAGUGGAGGGAGUACAGAGCUUAGCAUGUCCCUCAAGGAGGCUAAAAAAAGAUUUUGACUUGGAAAAGUUGAAUAUUUUCAGGAGUCAGGUAAUUGUUUAAGGGAGGAGGAUUGGAGGGAAAGAGAGAGCAGGUUGAAAAGACUGAGGGAGGCAGAGGAUGGGUUUGUAUCUGUUGAAGAUAGCAACGACAAGGGAGAGGGAAUGUCGAGGAAGAUUUGUAUCAAGUUGAAACAAAGUGGGCCGGACACCAGUUUGAGUUCUGGAGGUGAAAUGGAAGGGGCAGAAGGUAUUGUGAGGAGCUUGGAGCCCAAGCCUUCCAUUGAUGGGCAUGGCUAUGAUAAAGAUACGAUUGGUUCAGUGGGAGUAAGAUUUUUGAAGAAGGUGGAACCAGGCCUUUUGUCUGAUCCAUGGUCGGUUUCAAGUUGGGUGGAAAAGAUGGUGGGUGCCAUUGAGUCGGUGAAGGUAACCCUGAGUGGAGGUGUCUGGUGCGAGAGAAGCAGGUUGAGGUGGCCAGGGUCAUUGUAGUGAAGAAGAUGUUGUAUGCAGAGGAAGUGAAGGGUGGAUCAAGGGUAGUGUCCCGUCCUCUCGGGUCGUUGACCUGGGGUAGGAUAAGACAGGGUUAAAGUAGUGGAAAAAGGUGAUGGGUUUUAAUGAGUGUAGGGUAAGUUUUAAGGGUCAUUAAAUAUAUAUAUUUUUUUGAAUUUUUCACGUUUCCCCUUUACAAUUUUAUAUCACAAAGGUAAUGGAUUCAUACUAUAGUUCAGUAGAGGGCGAUAAUGCAACAUUUUGGAUGCCAACCGUCUUUAAACCUCACAGAAGGAGAAGAAGAAGAAUGCACCUGUUCUUUUGUGAUUGUUGCCCUGCCCACUAUUUAACUGGAAUGAGAGCUUUUCCACACAAUUGUUUAUGCUUUUUCUUUGGUUGUUUUUUCCAAAUCUUGGGGGACAAUUGUUGUUGCAACAUGGUUUGGUUUCUGAUUCUCAUCUGGUUUGUCCAAGUGGGCAGUGUUCCCAUCACCAAUUUCACAAAUUCUACUACUUCAAAUGCUACUUUCCCUGCCACAGUGGACAAUUCUACAAACCCCAUCAACAAUUCUACAAAUGUGACUUUUACUGCCACAGGUUCUACUGCCUCAAUGGGGCCACAUCACAGACAAAAUGAUUGGGUUAAAAUGGCUGAAACCAGAGAAGAGGACUUACAGUUCGACAUUGCUGUUGUGGAGGGAGACAUUAUGAUUUCGGAAGACCGAUUAGCUGUGAAGUCACUUUGGCCGGAGAAAGAUGGCGUCGCUUCUAUCCCCUACAAGAUCAACGGUGAUCUGGUGGACAGAAAGAAAACCAUGCUAGCAGCGUUCAAGCUCAUUUCAGACCAGACGUGCAUCCGCUUCCACGAAUACACCAAUGAGAUUAACUACAUCGAGUUCGUCUCUGGGACAGGCUGUGCGUCGUAUGUAGGUUUUCAGGGCGGGGCCCAGUCUCUGUACUUCGGUAGCGUCUGUAACGUGGGGAACCUGUGCCAUGAGCUGAUGCAUGCCCUGGGCCUGCACCACGAGCACACACGGCCAGACCGUGACCAAUACGUCACCAUACAGUGGGACAACGUGGUCCCAGGAAAAGAAGAGAACUUUAAGGUGAAGAAAGGAGACACUCAGGACCUGCCCUAUGACUACGACUCCAUAAUGCACUACGGAACAUACUACUUCUCAUCAAACCGGAACCCCACUAUUGACGCCAAGAAGAGGGGAGUCCAGAUUGGACAGAGAAAUCACCUGAGCCCCCUGGACAUAACACGCCUUAACAAACUCUAUCAAUGUGGUAAAGGCAUGCGCACACACACACAGACACAGGAAAAAUAUCAGAAUUGGGCUGCCUUUGUAAAUGCAGUCAUUAUCGCACUGUAUUCUAACCAUGUUCAUGUCCUGUUACAGAAUAACAAUGCACAGUUUAUCACUUAUUACACCAUCGAAGAUUUCAACACCGCUGCUGUCGACUGAAGACUCCAACACAAAUGGCACUGACAUUUUAACUUCAACAAUAAGUUGAACAAGUCCCUUAAAGCUUUCUGAUGUAUUGUACGUGUGUUCAGCAGCAGGUAGUUUAAUUUGUCCUGUGUGCUCUUGCUGCCUUGAAUUAGGCCUAUUCCACUGCACAUGUCUUGGAAAUAAAUAAAAUGAUCUCGACUGAAAAUAA